UACCAUUUUUAAAUACUAAAAAUACCAAGUCAAACUGGUAUAAGCCACCAACCUAACAAAAAAACACGAGUCCAGAUAAAAAAAAUUAACUGUAACCCAUUACAGAGACGCCCAAUAAAACCCAUGAAAAUGUCAAAACACUUGUAAUCCUGUCACAUGUAUUAAAAAUUUUCAGUUAAUUUCACAAAUUUUGGUAAAUUUAUUGUAAUAUAUAUGCUGCAAGAUGGUUGCUGGAAAAGGACCCCCGGCUUUUGGGCCCCCGCAAGCUCCAGAAUACAUGGGGGCAGCCCCUUACACUAAAAGUUUAACUUCCAGAUACGAUUACCAUCAGAGUUACAGAAAUGAAAAAUUAUCAAGGAUUAUAACACCCAGAUACGAAUGGGGGAUGCUGGAUAUAAGAUACACGGCUCCAUCUGGUGCUAUUUCAAAUGACAAGUUCUUGAAAAUGCCCAUGCCUGAAUUCAGCAUGUUGGAUAAAGGAAGAGCUCAAGAAGUUGAUAACUUAUAUAUCGCUUGCCAAAAUCACAGGGAUCAAUACAAAGAUCAUUCGAGAACUCUUCAACCUAUGGAUUAUUUUAAACCACCGACAUAUUUGUAUCAAUGCCCGACCGAUCCAACCAGCACUUACCUUAAAUACCCCGACAUACACGUAGAAUACAAAAAACCAGCAGUGUUUCCAUUAACUUUGGAAAGAUCAUAUAGGAGUCCAUUGUACCCAGAUAGGGCAUUAACAGGCAUAUACAACCCUACGAGCGAUAUAAGUUAUAAAAGAUAAAUAAAACAGCUUUUAAAAAGUAAUAACAUAUUUAUUUCAUAUCAAGAUAAAAAGAUCUUAAUGUUGUACGACGUCUCGAGAAUAAAAAAAAAUCACAAUUAUGUUCCAGGUUCAACCCUUUUCCCAUUAAAUUUUAAGAUCAGAUAAAUUUUGGUUACGAGUAUCAAAUUUAAAUAAAUAUUAAAAUAAAACAAGUAGUUUAAUUUAUGUUACUAUGUUGGCACAACUGAAGUGAAGCGAAAUGUCAAAAUUAAAUAUUUAAUGUCACUCAAAAUAAAACGUCAAAUUUUGUUUUGUCUAUUUGGAUGCUUCUAGACGCAGUUUACAUAUACUUCCAAUGCUUUUAAACACAUUUUAUAAUAUAACUUUGAUAAACAAAACCGGAAAGGCGAGUUUUUGACACAUCGUCGACAUGAAAAUUAAAAGGGUUGCCAACAGUCUGAAAUAAAAAAACCCUAAUUUCGAACCGAUCAAACCUAAUAAUACGACAAUUAUUGUAUUAUACAACUAACUUAAAAUUAAAAUCUAAACGUAAAAGAGCUGGCGAAUUCUGCCAUUUUUCCAACAGCGUGUUGAAAUUCUAUUUGUCCUACAGAUCCGCUUGCUUCCAUAUCCAUGUUUCUCAACAACUAAAAUGAAUAGGUAUUUUUAGUCCUUGUGUUUUUAUUUUAUUUAAAACUUACAAUUUCAAUGAUGUGUUCUUUUUGUUCUGUUUGAAUUUCACCUGCUCGUGAAGUGACUCUAUCAAUGACCUGUUUUAAGUCAUCUUUUCCAAGAGCAUUAUCCCCAUCAAAAUCUAAAGAUAACAGAUAAUUAAUGGUUCUAUUAUUAUUUAUAUUUGUUACCAGUGUU